AAUUCGCGCGGGAUUGGUCCCGGCGUAGUCAUGGCGGCCUUCCGAGACAUGGAGGAGGUGAGCCAGGGGCUGCUGAGCCUGCUGGGCACCAACCGCGCCGAGGCGCAGCAGCGGCGGCUGCUGGGGCGCCACGAGCAGGUGGUGGAGCGGCUGCUGGAGACGCAAGACGGUGCGGAGCAGCGGCUGCGAGAGAUCCUCGAUGCUGAGAAGGAAGUGGCCCAAGGCCUUCUUGACGCUAAGGAGCAGGCGCAGCAGGCGGGCGCUGAGUUGCAGCAGCUCGAGGCCGAGCUUCAGAGGGCCGGCGAGGAGGACGCCCGUCUGAAGGCCAGCCUCCUUCAGCUCACCCGGGAGCUGGAGGAGCUCAGAGAGAUCGAGGCCGACCUGGAGAGACAGGAGAGGGGCGUGGACGAGGACACGACGGUCACCAUCCCCUCAGCCGUGUACGUGGCUCAGCUCUAUCACCGAAUCAGUAAAAUCGAGUGGGAUUAUGAGUGUGAGCCGGGGAUGAUCAAGGGCAUCCAUCACGGCCCCAGCGUCGCCCAGCCCUUGCACCUGGACGGCACCCAGCUCUCCAAGAAAUUCGUGAGCGACUAUCUCUGGAGCCUGGUGGACACGGAGUGGUAGCCCGGAGCCCCGUGCACUGCGUCCGGCGCGCAGGAGUCUGCCUGGUGGGUGGGCGGUGCCUCCGUGGUGAGAUCAGCUUGAAAUGAAAUGUUGAUCCGUAAAUGA